ACAACAUAACAUAUACCUGAUUUACUUCUUUGUCAUUCACUGAUUCAGUUGGUUUUGGAAAAAUGGGGAGAUUGUUUUUGGUUGAAUUAAAAGGUCAGAUUUACAGUUGCAAAAAUUGCCAUACGCAUCUAGGCUUGGCUGAUGAUCUUAUUUCUACGUCAUUCCACAUCAUACAUGGCACGGUUUAUCUUUUUGAUAAAAUCGUGAAUAUAAGUGUUAGUGAGAAAGAGGAUCGGGUGCUGAUGACAGAAAUGCGUAGAGCGGUUGAAAUUUUCUGUGUUAAAUGUGGCUCAGCUGUCGGAUGGAAAUAUAAGUUGGCACUCCAUAAGAAACAUAAGUACAUUGAAGGAAAAGUCAUAUUGGAAAGUGGGUUGCAAGUGGUUCAUGAUUUUUGGUUUGACAACAAGUUUUAUUCUUGA